CGGAGCAUCGCAAAAAAGACACACUUUGUAGUCAACGAGAUUUCACCUUUUCACCUUUUCCCCUUCUGGUUAUUGGCUCGGAUUAUUCUUCCCUGAUAUUCUGCGCACCCUCCACGGAGUACCGCUUGCCUGGUCAUGCUCCUGAUCGAGUUGUAAAUAUUGAAUUAUUCUUUGUUUUUUUUUCGUUCUUGUCCCCCCAAUUUAACGGCCGCCUGACCUCCAUCACGCACCUCAACUCCGUGCCUUGGUGGUAAGCCGCUCCUUUUUCUCUGCGUCUUAGAUCUUAAAUUCCCUGCGGACCCUGCGGAAACAGCCAGAGAGAAAUCGUUCUCCUAACACCACCCACGCUCCCCUCUGUGCCGCAUCCGAACCAGUCGCUCCCAAAAACCAUGUCGUUCCUCUCGUAUAUCACCACCGGCAUUAGCUCGUUUGUUGUCGUUACGGCGUCACUCUUCGCAAUCGGGCAGAAGGUUCCCCGUGCGGCAUUUGUAGCCCGCUGCUUAGCCGCCUAUGGUUCUCUCCUUCUCUGCGCAACCUACGGUGUGAUUGCCUCGAUCGUCCUGCGUCUUGUUGGUUACGGCCGCGUUUCUCAAUGGGCCACUGCCCGCAGCUUCAAGUGGGUGAUGAGGUAUACGACUGGUGUGCGGUUCGAUAUUAUCCAGGGUGAAGAACACCUCGCGACCCGUCCUGCCGUUUUCAUUGGGAACCACCAAUCCGAACUGGAUGUGCUCAUGCUGGGAUGCAUUUUCCCACCUUACUGCAGUGUCACCGCGAAGAAGUCGCUCCGCCAUGUCCCCUUUCUCGGCUGGUUCAUGGCGCUAUCUCGCACCGUUUUCAUUGACCGGGCGAACCGCGAAACCGCUGUAAAGGCCUUUGAUGGUGCCGCGGAGGAAAUGCAAGUUCACCGACAGAGCGUCUUUAUCUUCCCCGAGGGCACAAGAAGUUACUCAGGCAAGCCGGAGCUGUUGCCGUUCAAGAAGGGUGCUUUCCACCUUGCGGUCAAGGCUGGGGUGCCUAUUGUUCCGGUUAUUUCUGAGAACUACUCGCAUAUUCUGUCGCCGAAGGACAUGAGGUUUGACGCCGGCAUCAUCAAAGUCAAAGUUCUCCCACCUAUCAGCACCGCUGGCCUUACCCCGGCUGAUGUUGACAACCUCACCAAGUCGACCCGAGAAGCCAUGCUCAAGACUCUGCUAGAGCUGUCUGAGACCAAUAAGGAGGAUGAUUCUUCUGUUCCGAAUGGUAGAUCCUCAGCCAUUGAGAUUUGAUCACAUUCAUCUACCUAAUACCAGUGGCUACCCUGAUUCAUACUCCACCCCGAUCCAAGCAAAGGCCAUGAGGGACUACCCCCCCCCCCCC